AUGGAAAACUCAGUAGCCCCUAAGUUAAAAGGAAACGAACCUGCAACAAUGGAAGCUGACACAACGCCGGUUAAUCUAAAAUCAACCUCCGUGAAUGGUCAGCCCUUAAAUUAUCUAGACGAAUCUCCCCAGAAGGAUAGCAAUUUAUUUUCAGUGAACAACAAGAACCUUUCGCAACCAUCUCUAAUUCAAAAUUCGGGGCUAACUACUCACAAUUCUAAGGAGACAUCAGCACCUACGUUAGCGCCUUCGAGAAAAGACCGUAGACUCAAUAAUCUUUCUGUGAAUACUGCAGAACUUUUGCAAAAGAAGCCCUCAUCGAGUGAAUCUGACAACAAUGAUAACGAAGCUAGUUCAGAAGUGUCGACACCGUCAAGUCAAGACGAAGAUUUUAUUAAUAUUGGUCAGAGUGAUCCGAGGAAAUGGUCGAGGACGAAAAAAAACUUCAUUUUAUUUAUCGUCGCUGCUGCGGGGAUUAUUGGUCCAAUUGCCAGCACAAUUCUCUACCCGGCAAUUCCCGUAAUCAAGGACGAUCUGCAUACUAGUGCCGUUCUGGCAAAUGGACUAGUCUCCGUCUAUAUAUUUUUCAAGGGAGCAGCGCCCCUGGUAUGGGCAUCUUACUCAGAUGCCUAUGGUACACGACGGAAAAUCUAUUUAGUGUCGUUCACGUUGUUCAUCAUCACCAGUGUAAUAUGUGGAUUUUCUUGGAAUAUUUGGACAUUGAUGUUGAUGCGUGGUUUGCAAUCUUGUGGGUCGUCAGCGGUACAGAGUAUAGGUGCAGGAACUAUUAGUGAUAUUUAUGAUUCAUACGAACGAGGCAGUUCAUACGGAAUCUUUUACGUAGGACCUCUGGUAGGUCCCCUCCUCGGCCCAAUCAUCGGAGGUUAUGUGACUCAAUACCUUGGGUGGCGUUGGAUAUUCUGGAUGUUAACAUUAUUCGGUACGAUCUUGCUGGCCUUUAUCUUCUUUGCGCUUCCAGAAACCUUUCGUCCCCAAAAACGCCCCCAUACCUUACUCCGACAACCAACUGUUCCUGAUUCUCCGAAACGAUUUAACCCCUUUUCCUCUUUGGAACUGCUAAAAUAUCCGUGGGUUUCAUUAAUUCAAGUAUACAUAUGUGCUGUAUUUGCCAUAAUAUUUGCGCAAAAUACUCUUGUACCUCGGUCAUUUGAGAAAUUGUACAACUUGUCAACAGCAGAAGUAGGCUUAGUAUUCCUGGCCCCCAGUGCUGGGUAUAUGUUAGGAAGUGUCAUUGGAGGCCGAUAUUCUGAUUUUGUAUUGGCCAAGUAUAAAACACGGAAUGGUGGGAUAAGUUAUCCGGAGAUGAGACUAAAUAGUUCGUGGCUUGGUGCAGUGCUCAUACCAAUUUCGUUUUUUGUUUAUGGAUGGUUUGUAGAAUUUAAGUUGCCUCUUUAUUUACCACUGAUCGCGAUGUUCCUUGGCGGUUUUUCUACCUAUCUAGCAUUCAAUUCCACCUCUACCUAUCUUGUCGACGCCUUCCCGGGUCGUAGUGCGUCUGCAAUAGCUGUUUCAAAUUUUCUCCGAGGUAUCUCGGCAGCCAUUUCAUCAUUAAUAUCUAUACCGUUGGAAGAUGCAUUAGGUGUGGGAUGGACAUAUACGUUACUGGUAGGCAUAACGGUGUUGAGCACUUCUUGUCUGAUAUGGGUUUAUUGUCGGGGACGGAAAUGGCGGGAAGCAGAAGACAGUAAUUUUUCCUAUCAGGCAUUGAAUGGUGAUGCUUAG